AUGUUGUCGAUUUCAGCUGAGCAAAUGGGUAAGGACGGAGACCCCGGAGGCGAAACCACACAGCCCAAACCACAAGAUCCAAAAAUGCAAGCCGCGAAAGUUCAUAUGCUAGAUGGUACUAUUCGAGAGUUUGCUCUCCCGGUAAUCAGUAACACGAAUUUGUUUGUGAUGGGCUUGUUUCAGAGAGGUUCAAAGGGAGACACUCUUUUCACUAUGGUUAGUACUGAGAUAUCCAUCGAGGAACACGAUUAUUUUUCUCUUGCUUUUCACGACAGCGAUGGUAUCAGACAUUGGCUGUAUACUGACAAGAAGAUAAUGCGACAACUGAAAGGCCUACCGUGGGUGUUCUCCUUUGAGGUCAAAUUCUAUCCUACCUCUCCUUCCACUUUAAAUGAUGAUCAUGCAAGAUACAACUUGUUCUUGCAACUCAAAAAUGAUAUCUAUAGCGGAAGACUGCCUGCCACCAUUCCUACUCAUGUCCUUCUCGGUUCAUUAGUUGCCCAAGCUGAGUUCGGUGAUGCUUCCACAUCUGCUGAGUAUGAGCAGUAUUUGAGAACAGCAAAGUUGGCACCUAGGAAUAAUGACUUAUUAGACAAAAUCAAGGAUGCCCAUAAGGAGCACAAGGGAUUGACUCCAGCCGAGGCUGAAAUCAAGUAUCUAGACACUUGCAAGCAAUUGAGUAUGUACGGAGUAUUCGUGUUCGAUGCCAAGGAUAAAAGUAAUAAUCCUGUUUCUAUUGGUAUUUGUGCUACUGGUAUUAAUAUUUAUAAAGAGACGAUCCGUCUUCAUCGUUUCCUUUGGCAGAGCAUCAACAAGAUCAGUUACCGUAAGAACACGUUUGCGCUGAAGCUGAACCCCGGAGAGAUCGAUAAGAAGACAUUAGUUUACAAAGUUUCGGAUUAUACCUAUGCUAAGCGAAUUUAUAAAUGUGGUGUGGAACAUCACACAUUCUUCAGAUUGAUUCAACCUGAAGACAAGCCGAAGCAAAGUCUUUUCCGUUGGGGAUCCGCCAGAUUCAGAUAUAACGGAAGAACCCAGUUCCAAACCAAGAUGGCGACUCAUAUGUUCGAUCAUACAGGAUCAACAUCUGCACAGAGACCAAACAGUGCUCGACUCUCCCAAUCAUGUGACAAUGUUGCUAAGAACGAUGACUCCAUCGAUGUGCUCGAAUACACAGAUAAAGAAUUGGGAUCCAGUAAUCCUCUUUCUUCUCCUGUUGCUUCAUACGAGGUUUCUAGUUCAGCUCCAGGAUCUUCUAAAAGCAAGGGUCAAGGUAAUGGUUAUCGUCCUUCCACACAUCUUGCUGAUGCCAAAGUUGUUCGCCGUGAGACGAACGAACUUAAGUAUCACCUCAAAGGAGAAGGCUUGUCAAUUUUUUCUGUUUUCACUCACCGUGUUAUCGUAUGUGUUGCUGUGAGUGCUUGUGUUCGACUUGCGGUUUGCUAUCAAGCGGAACCGCCGGUGAGCACUGCACAAGGCUACUUCGAAAUUCAAGAAAAAAAGGAAAUUUCUUGUCAUUGA